AUGGCAAGCACGGCCAAGUAUAGCCCGGCGGCCGCCGUCGACCCCGAUGAGCACCUCGACUACACCCAGGCGCCACCCUCGUACCAGGCCGAGGCGAGCGCGAGCGCCCGCGCCGCCGCCGACGACGAUCACGAGCGGCUGUUCUCCGGUGCGCCCCGCGCGAGUGUCGACGACGACAGCGACCUGCCGGACGACUUCAAGUUUGGCGGCUCCGUCGCUGAGGCCACCGUCAGCAUCCGCAACCAGUUUGUCCGCAAGGUCUACGCCAUCCUGACCAUCCAGCUGCUGGCCACGAGCGCCCUCGGCGCCGUCAGCUUCUUGAGCGAGGGCUACCGCACAUGGAUCCAGACACACCCGGCUCUCGUCUUUGUUUCGCUCUUCGGCGCCAUGGGCUUCCUUGGCCUGACCUACUGGAAGCGGAAGUCGUACCCGGCCAACCUCCUCUUCCUCGCCGGCUUCACCGUCCUCGAGGCCUACAGCAUCUCGGUUAUUGUCUCGUUUUACGAAGCCAGCAUCGUCCUCAACGCCGUGGUCCUCACCGCCGGCAUCUUUGUCUUCCUCACCCUCUUCGCCUGCCAGACCAAGUACGACUUUACCUCGUGGAUGCCCUACCUGUUUGGCGCUCUCUGGGCGCUGAUCCUCUUCGGCUUCAUGGCCAUGUUCUUCCCCUACAGCUCCACCACCGAGCUCAUCUACGGCGGCAUCACGGCCCUCAUCUUCAGUGGCUACAUCCUGGUCGAUACCCAGAUGGUCCUGCGCAAGCACCACGUUGAGGAGGAGAUUGCUGCUGCCAUCAGCCUGUACCUGGACAUCAUCAACCUGUUCCUGGCCAUCUUGCGCAUCCUCAACAGCCAGCAGAACAACUAG